GUAAAUAUUUUUUAUAGGUUAUGUUUUCAAUGGUCUAUAAAUGAGCACCGUAUCACAUUGUGAUUAGAACUGAGCACUAGAUCGUAAGGGUUUCAAUUAAUUAAAUCAUAAAUACAUGAUUUACAUUAAUUUCUGAUUUUGCUAAAUUAAGUUCAUAAUCAUUUACGUUUUAUAAAAUUGUAGUUAUGGGGAAGUUAAACGUCGCUAUGCUUCGUUAUUUAACUCGUGAAGACUUUAGAGUUUUAACUGCUAUCGAAAUGGGAAUGAAAAACCAUGAAUUAGUUCCAGCCACAUUGGCUGCUUCAAUUGCAAAUCUACAUCAUGGUGGUGUACACAAAAUAUUAAAAGAAUUAUGUAAACAUAGAUUGUUAUCAUAUGAAAGAGGAAAACAUUAUGAUGGUUAUAGAUUAACAAAUACUGGUUAUGACUAUUUGGCACUUAAAACUCUUACCUCUCGCCAAUUGAUAUCAUCAUUUGGUAAUCAAAUUGGUGUUGGUAAAGAAUCAAACAUUUAUGUGGUUGCUGAUUCUGAUGAUAAACCAAUUUGUUUAAAAUUACAUAGGUUGGGAAGAACAUGUUUUCGUAAUUUAAAAGAGAAACGGGAUUAUCAUGGACGUCGCCACAAGGCAGGUUGGCUGUAUUUGUCUCGGAUUUCAGCUACAAAAGAGUAUGCUUAUAUGGUAGCAUUAUCAAAAAGAGAUUUUCCUGUUCCAAAACCUAUUGAUGUUAAUCGGCAUUGUGUACUUAUGGAAUUAGUUGAUGGACAUCCUCUAUGUCGCCUAUAUGAAGUUGAAAGUGUAGAAAAUUUAUAUGAUGAUCUAAUGAAUCUUAUUGUUCGUUUUGCUCAACAUGGAGUUAUACAUGGUGAUUUUAAUGAAUUCAACAUAAUGAUAAACAAUGAAGAAAAACCAAUAGUGAUUGAUUUCCCACAAAUGAUGUCUUUUUCUCAUCCAAAUGCUGAAAUGUAUUUUGAUCGGGAUGUCAACUGUAUUAGAGAGUUUUUCAAAAAAAGGUUCAACUAUGAAAGUCAUUUAUAUCCAACAUUUGAAGAUGUUGUUCGGGAAGAAUUUUUAGAUGUAGAAGUAUCAGCUAGUGGCUUUACAAAAAAUAUGGACCAGUUAUUAUUACAUGAAAUUGGUAUGAUCAAUAAUAUAGAAGAAGGAUGUGAUGAAGAAAGUGAUUUUUAUGAUAGUGAAAAAGAAGAAGUGGAGCAUUUAGCAAAAAGAGUGGAUGAACUUAUGAAUGAAGAAUCUUCUACUGUUCUUGGAAACUCAAGUGUUCCACAUUCUCAAGAAAAAUUUGAUAAUUUAAAAUCAGAUUCUGAAGAAUAUAUAUCAUUGAGUGAUAAUGAUGAUAAUGAAAGUAUUGCUUCUUCAAAAGUAUGCUAUUCGGAUAUACAUAGUGUUCGAAGCAUGUCUACAACUACUACUAUACCGCCAGAGGUGAUUAGAGACAGAGUAAAAAAAUCAUUGGAAAAAAGAGAAAGAGCUAAAGUAAGACAUAGGAAUCUUGCUAAAGGUGAAGCUAGUGCUGUAAAUCGCCAAAGAAGAGAAAAUAAAGAUAUCAUAAAAGAUAGUUUUGGAAUCUGGGGUUAACUUUUCAAUAUUUUACCAUUUAUUUUUUAAAAU